AUGAGUGACGCCCAGGCGACAGAGGCUGAGAAGAACAUUGAGAUAUGGAAGGUCAAGAAGCUGAUCAAGCGCCUUGAGGCCGCUCGAGGAAAUGGUACCAGCAUGAUUUCUCUAAUCAUCCCUCCCAAGGAUCAGAUUUCGCGCGCAGCAAAGAUGUUGGCUGAAGAAUACGGAACCGCCUCGAAUAUCAAGUCCCGUGUCAACCGACAGUCUGUGCUUUCUGCCAUCACCUCUACCCAACAGCGACUCAAGUUGUACAACAAGGUCCCUCCCAACGGUCUUGUUGUCUACUGCGGUGAAAUCUUGACUUCGGAAGGAAAGGAACGAAAGGUCAACAUCGACUUCGAGCCCUUUAAGCCCAUCAACACUUCCCUAUACCUCUGCGACAAUAAAUUCCAUACCGAAGCUUUGGCUGAGCUGCUUGAAUCCGACCAGAAGUUUGGUUUUAUUGUCAUGGAUGGUAAUGGUGCUCUUUUCGGUACUCUUAGUGGGAACACUCGUGACGUUGUUCACAAAUUUUCGGUUGAUCUACCCAAGAAGCACGGUCGUGGCGGACAGUCUGCCCUCCGUUUCGCGCGUCUUAGAGAAGAGAAGCGACAUAACUACGUCCGUAAAGUUGCUGAGUUGGCCGUUCAGAAUUUUAUCACGAACGACAAGGUCAACGUUGCUGGUAUCAUCCUUGCUGGUUCCGCCGACUUCAAAAAUGAUCUUAAUGCCUCCGACAUGUUCGACAACCGGCUACAGAGCAAGGUUAUUAAGGUUGUCGAUGUGUCGUACGGUGGCGAGAACGGCUUCAACCAAGCUAUCGAGUUAUCUUCUGAGACUCUAGGAAAUGUCAAGUUUAUCCAGGAGAAGAAGCUCAUUGGCAAGUACUUUGAGGAGAUCAGCCAGGAUACCGGCAAGGUCUGCUAUGGUAUCGAGGACACGCUCAAGGCGCUGGAGCUCGGCGCGGUGGAAACUUUGAUCGUCUUCGAAAAUCUCGAAAUUACGCGAUGGGUCCUAAAGGAUAGCAGCAACGCUGAAAUUGUCCUCCACACCACUAAGCAGCAAGAGACUGGUGACCGAUCUAAGUUCAUGGACAAGGAAACCGGACAGGAGAUGGAAGUAGUUUCCCAGGAUUCCUUCCUCGAGUGGAUUGCAGAGCACUACAAGGAUUUCGGAACCAACCUAGAAUUCGUAUCGGAUAGGUCAACCGAAGGCAAUCAGUUCGUGAAGGGAUUCGGUGGUGUUGGUGGUAUUCUCCGUUACAAGGUGAACUUCGAGCAGUUAGCCGAAGUGGAUGACGAUGAUGACUACUACGACGAUUGA